UAUGUAAGAAACUAAUGAGUUGCUCUUCUUCUCGGUCCCAUAUUGAACUCCCAUAUUGGAAGAGGCGAGCCCAGUCUCAAAAUGGAGGGCCAUGAUCCAAAGGAACCAGAACAGCUGAGGAAGCUGUUUGUUGGUGGUCUGAGCUUUGAAACCACAGAUGAUAGCUUAAGAGAACAUUUUGAUAAAUGGGGCACACUUACACACUGUGUGGUAAUGAGAGACCCCCCCAAAACAAAAUGUUCCAGGGGCUUUGGUUUUGUGAUCUGCUCGUGUGUUGAGGUGGAUGCUGCAAUGUGUGCUCAGCCACACAAGGUUGAUGGGUGUGUGGUGGAACCAAAGAGAGAUGUUUCUAGAGAGGAUUCUGUAAAGCCUGGUGCCCAUUUAACGCCGAAGAACACUUUUGUUGGUGGUAUUAAAGAAGAUACAGAAGACUGCAAUCUGAGAAACUACUUUGAAAAGUAUGGCGAGAUUGAAACCACAGAAGUUACGGAAGGCAGGCAGAGUGGAAAAUGGAGAGGAUUUGCUUUUGUAACUUUUGAUGAUCAUGACACAGUUGAUAAUACUGUUGUUCAGAAAUACCACAAUGUUAAUGGGCAUAACUGUAAAGUGAGAAAGGUUAUUUCUAAACAAGAGAUGCAGUCUGCUGGAUCACAGAGAGGUUGUGGAGGUGGAUCUGGCAACUUUAUGAGUCACGGUGGAAACUUAGGUGGAAGAGGAGGCUAUGGUGGUGGAGGUGGUGGCAGCAGAGGUAGUUACGGAGGCGGUGAUGGUGGAUAUAAUGGAUCUGGAAGCGACGGAAAUUUUGGUGGAGGUGUGGGAGACUACGACUUUGGAAAUUAUAGUAGACAACAGCAAUCAAAUUAUGGACCCAUGAAGGAGGGGGCAGUUUUAGUGGAAGAAGCUCAGGCUGUCCCCAUGGUGGUGGCUAUGGACCUGGUGGGGAAGUGGUAG